AUGGCGGAAGGCAGAAGCAUCAUGGAGCGUCUGAGGAAGAGCACCAAAGUGGGGUCCAUUCGUCGCGACGAUGCUAUGAUCCGCGAAGCCCUGAACAAGCUCAAGGAUGACGGGGAUCUCAUUGACAUUCCUCCUCCUCUCAAGUCAGAAAUCGUGCACGAGAGCCCGGUGCAGAUGACUGAUUUCCUCAGGAACUAUGUGCCCAAGUACGUGUUCUUGACCGAGGACGACCUGAUGAUUGGGAACUCCGACGGCACUGUGGUCAACCAUAUCAUAAGCCUGAAUGACAUCACCAGGAUCCGUCACUCCAACGUCGACGAGUUCUUGGAGAGGAGGGCAGAGUACAGCAACACGUUCGAGGAGGAGUGCCUCAGCGACUUUGACGAUGCAGUCCUGGAGGUCGUGACAGCGAUGUUCAGUAACAGCUUCGGGAGGUCCUUCUCGUUCAAGUUCCAGGACAAGUCGGAAUGCAAGACUUGGAUCAAGGAGAUGCAGAGCCUGAGGAAGAAGGCUCUGAUCAAGGCGCACGUGAAGGGGACAUCAAGGAUACGCACGCUGCAGUACCACCUCAAGCUCUUCUACGACUCCGACUUCCUGCAGUACCUCGUCGCGCUGUUCAUCUUCCUCAAUUUCCUCACCAACGUCCUACAGUCCGAAAUCUCCCCGACGACCGACAACAGCAAGACGGCCGCGCUCUUUGACAACCUUGACCUGUGCUUCACCGUUAUCUUCACGGUCGAGCUGGUUGUCAACAUGACCGCUAACUGGUUCAAACCGUUCUUCGAGAGCGGUUGGAAUUUCUUCGACCUUACAGUCGUGGGCGUCUCCCUGGUCGCGCUUUUCCUCAACGAUGUGCCCGGCCUUUCCCACCUGAGGCUCAUGCGAGCUUUCCGUGUCGUGCGCCUCUUCGGCAGGCUCGCCUCCCUCCGUCAGAUUAUCAACGCCCUGACGGCCUCGAUCCUGCCCGUCUUCAACGCCUACAUCAUCAUGCUGCUCGUCACCAGCAUCUACGCCAUUGUCGGCGUCACCUUCUUCUCCCAGACGAGCCCUGAAAAGUUCGGCACCUUCUCCCUCGCCCUCUUCACGAUGUUCCAGGUGGCGACGGGAGAUGGGUGGGCGUCGGAUAUCAGCCGGCCCUUGAUCUUCCAAGACAACCCGAACUCGAUCCUUCCAGAUGUCAACAUCGCGUCCUCCUUCUUCUUCGUCUCCUUCGUCGUCAUCGUCGGCUGGUCGCUCCUGCAAGUUGUCGUUGCCGUCAUGCUCGACAACUUCACUGCCGCUGCCGACAAGGAAAAGAAGAAGAUUUUCCAGGAGCAGGAGUACAAGCAUGGAGAGCCAUUCUCCCUUCACGCUCUCGAUCCUGUCCUCGAGUCCCUCUCGGCCCACAGCUCGACCGAGCAGUUGACCAGCCGCAUCGCUUCCCUUUUCGCUGCCAUCGAUGACAACGGCAACGGGACUCUGAGCUUUCCCGAGCUGCGGCAGGGCUUCCAGAAGUUCCCGCUGCUCCCCAAGAUCACGCUGAGCAGGGACGACUUUGACGAGAUCACCUGCAACGGGAUGAUGUGCAACGAGGACGGGGAGGUGACAGAGGACGGCUUCCAAGGGAUCAUGCGCAUGCAGCUAGCGCUGUACCUGCAGCGGCAGCUCGCCAACGCGAUCCACCUGGCGGAGGUGAACGACUCGGAGAACCUGAUGAUCAUGAAGACCCUCAAGAUCAUGUCGCUCAUGAUCAACGACCUUGGCAGCCAGAUGAGCUUACUCAACCCCCACGGGAACAUCUACAACCUCAAGAAGAUCGAGGAGGAGAGGAAGAGGCAGUGGAACAAGGAAGGGCUCCACGGCGACCAUGACGAGCUGCUGGUUGGGAAGCUGCAUCGCAAUGGAGAUGUAGGAGCUGGGGAGCACGGCAUCAACGGGGAUGGAGGAGCAGGGGCAGGGGCAGGGGCAGGAGGAGAGAAGAAGUUCGAGCACAGCAUGUCUGACGGACAGCGGUUGAAGGAGCAAGCGAAGGAGGAGAGGGAGAGGAUGAUGAGCAGCGAGGUGGAGGGGGACUUGCGAGAUCGACUUGCGAGGAUCGAGGGGAAGCUGGAGAAGGUGGAUAGGAUUGAGGCGAUGUUGGAGAGACUCCUUGCGGCCCAGUCCUCCUCCUCCCUCCUCUUCCCUCCAACGACCCGCCAAGCAGGGUCUCGCGAAGUCAGGAGAUCGUCGGACGUGCCGGUGAGCAGGGGGGAUGUUUCGUAUUACAACGUGUGA